UGUAGAAACCAAACUUUUGCCCUUAUAAAGCCAUAUAGAAUUCUACAAACGCGUGGUACGCAAGAAAAUUCAAACCCAAACCAAAUCAAAUCGGAAUUGUAUUCAUCGGAGAUGUCGAAGUACGAGGAACCGGCUGUCGGAAUACCUUACAAUCCGGCAUACCACCAGGCUCCACCUGUGCCGCAGCAAAUACACCAGCAGCAAUACUAUGUCGGUGAAAACCCUUAUCAAGCAGGUAUGGUUCCAUCAAAUGUUAUUUAUGGAGAUCCGAAAGGAAUACCGAUUCAGCAAACUAUUUACAGAGAUACCCCUGCUCCUUUCAAUUGCCUUCACUGUGGUAACACCGGUCUCACCCUCGUCAAAUCAAAACCCAGUCCUGCGGCUUUUGUUGGUUGCAUGAUGCCAUUUAUGCUUGGAGUAUGCUUUCUCUGUCCAUCAAUGGAUUGCCUCUGGCAUAAGUAUCAUUAUUGUCCAAGCUGCAAUCAGAAGGUUGCCGAUUUUGAGAAAUCCGAUAUGUGUUUGGUUGUGGACCCUCCAAACUGGGAAGAAAAAAGUUUCGCCUUACCUGCAUGAGGGCAUGAUCCUGGACUUGCCUCGUAUAACCCCUUCUUUUCUGUGUCUUUUUGUGUAUAUGUAUGUAUUCUUGUUUGCUCGGGUGAACUAAAUUGCAGUUUCUUGUGCAUGUUAUCUUAUACAUCAAGUAACCAGAAGGAGAUCAUUUUGUAGAAUGCUUCGACAGUACUGUGCAAAGUUGAUUGCUAAUGGAAGAAUAUUAGUUCAUUAUCCUACACGCCUCCCUAGUCUGCUACUGGUUGUUUAAGAAAUCAUACUUUAUGUUCUAUUGUUGAUUGCCCUUUUGUGUAAUUAUAUCAAGUUGUGGGUGUAAACAAAGAGGAAACAAAAACGUAUUCUUUCAUGGUGAUAUAGUUCAGUGGAUUGCCCUUUUGUGUACC